AUGGUUAAUAAAUGUGUUGUCACAAACUGUAAAACUGGUUACUCUACUGGUCCAAAAAAGUCUACAUUUCAUUUUCCUGAAGAAAGCAAUUUGCGAGAACGAUGUAUAUACUUUGUAAAUAGAAAAGAUUGGUUUCCAUCUAAAUAUUCUGCAAUUUGUAUUGAUCAUUUCGAGGAUAAAUUUAUCAAAUAUGGGAAAAGAUGCAUCAUGAAAUGUUCUUACUUCCAGCAAAAUAGCAAGAAAAUAUUUAUAGCAAAAUAUCAAGAAAUUCCUUUGUUGUUUACGGAGAUUUUAGAGUGUCAGCUUUCUGAAGAUAACAUGGAAGUUGCUGUUACAAUAGCAGAAGGUGGACCUAUAUGUCCAAGUCAAUCUGUGUCUGAUUUUAUUUGUCAUCUUUUUAGUAUUCUAGAUGUCAUAUCUCCUAUUUUAACCAAACAUUGCAGUUAUUCCUUUUCAACUGAAAAAAAUUUGGUCUUAACAUUGCUUCUGAUUGGAGUGUCUUUAAUACUUAUAUGGAGUUUAAUUAAAGGAAAAAGAACUGUUUUUUCGACUGACAGUGUUGCCGCUAUUUUUAACGACAAGUCUGGAACUAUAUCUGUAGCUUAUUCUAAUACUAUUUUAACAAAUCUCACAAACAGAACAGGAAAUCUAAUCAAUAAAAAUAACAACAAUAAGUAUGUAAAUAAUCAAUAUCUACUUUUAAAUUACUCUGGAAUAUCUAACUUGUCUACAAAUAAAACGAACAUGAAUAAAAGUCUUAUUAUUAACUUACCCCCUUCAACUUUUCGUAAAGUUAAUAAUGUGCAAACGUGUAGCUUAAAAAAAUGUUCAGCUAACAAGUUGUUUUAUGACAUGGCUAUUAACGUGAUCACAGAUCAAACACAGCUUUCAACUAUAUCACAGCUGAAGUGCAAUAUGGGAUAUUUAGCAGCUUCCGAAGAGAAACUCUUGUCUAGCAAUUCAUCUAAUUGCUUUUACACAUCUUCUGAAUCUUUUUUAUCACCUCCUUAUUUGGAAAAAGUUGAAAAGAUUCACGAUGCAUUAAACAUUCAUCUUGGCAUAUUAAAUGAAAUACUUUCAUCGCUUUUUCUUAUGUCGAACAAUGAGUCUCAAGAUGCAAGAGUAAAUUAUUUUAACGAUAUAUUGUCUGUACAAAAGAUUUUAAAAAGUCUUAUGCAAAAAAUUAAUAACGUGUUGACGGAGCUGUCAACUUGUGGUUGUUUAUCUCUUGACGACCGAUCUUCAAAGGUUUAUACUCAGAGCUAUCAACAACUAGUUUCAAAAUAUAGCCAUGCAAAAAGCAGUUUUAUAACUUUGAAACAACUGGAAAUCAUGUACAAAACAAUGAAAAGAGAUUUUUGGGAAAGACAAAAAUACUUUAUAUUAGCAUGUUAAAUUAUUUGUACAUAAACUAUUUAAAUGCGUGUAAAUUAUUUGAAUAUUUAUUUCUUGUAAAUAUAUUUGUAUAUAUUUAAUAUUUGGUUUUAAGAACA